CUGAACUUCAUCCUGUUUGUGAAUAUUGUGAGGGUUCUCGCCACCAAGAUCCGCGAGACCAACGCAGGUGUUCCCGCUGUUUUUGUUGCAGCUUGGGCAGUUGUCAGGGCAAUGCUGGCAGAUGCAAGAUGCUGGGAGCUGAGUGCAGGAAACAUCAAAUGGAUCUACCAGGUCCCCAUUCUGACAGCCAUUGGGCUGAACUUCAUCCUGUUUGUGAAUAUUGUGAGGGUUCUCGCCACCAAGAUCCGCGAGACCAACGCAGGCAGAUAUGACACACGGAAACAGUACAGGAAGCUUGCUAAAUCCACGCUUGUGUUGGUGUUUGUGUUUGGAGUGCACUACAUUGUGUUUGUUGGGAUGCCGCACACAUUCGAAGGUCUUGGCUGGGAGGUGCGGAUGUAUUGUGAGCUGUUCUUCAAUUCUUUCCAGGGCUUCUUUGUGUCUAUCAUCUACUGCUACUGUAAUGGAGAGGUCCAGACUGAGAUCAAGAAAACAUGGACACGGUGGAACCUAGCGUUUGAUUGGAAGGGCCCAGUGGUGUGCGGGAGCUACCGCUAUGGCUCUGUGUUGACGGGCCUUAACAACAGCACCAGCAGUCAGUCCCAGCUGGCUACCGGUGGCCCGGGCACCCGCUCCCCCUCGUUCUUCUCCAGCCGAGUCUACCGCAGCAGUGGGGGGCCAACUAUCAGUGCCCAUGCCACAUUGCCAGGCUAUGUGCUCAAUUCGGACGCUGACAGCUUGCCACCAUCCAUACCCGAGGAGCCAGAGGACAGUGCAAAGCAGGUCGAUGACAUCCUGCUAAAGGAGUCCCUGCCCACGAGGUCCAGCAGCGGCCUGGAGGAUGACGAGGAAACUCUGUAGAUAAUGGCGCGGUGAU